CAACACCCAGUCCUAGAACUGUGUCUCCUAGCUCAUAUCAUAUUAUUUUACUCCUCGUUGCAUUUAGAGCCGCGCUGUUCCAACAUUCACCUGUCAUUGUCGCAAACACCGCUCGCUUCAAGGUUUGGUUGAUAAACAAAGCCUGGCGCCAUGCCUGGCACUACGGCCGCUGAGCCGCCUUCGGUCACUCUUUCAUUUGCCAACAACUUCUGGGGCAAAGAUGACGCCGGCGUCGGUCCUAUGCUUGAGCGCUUGCACAAUGCCAAAGUCACUUCGGACGAAAUGAAGUCAUUCUACACUGCACGGGCGGCAAUCGAAGACGAGUACGCACGGAAGCUCCUCCACCUGUCCCGCAAACCUCUCGGCUCCUCCGAAUCAGGCACCCUGCGAAUGUCACUCGACGUUAUUCGGGGCGAAGUAGAGGCGAUGGGGAAAUCACAUCAGAGCAUUGCUGCUCAGAUGAAGGUGGAGCUAGAGGAACCGUUGACAGCAUUUGCCGGGGGAAUGAAGGAGCGCAGGAAGAUCGUGCAGGGUGGGAUCGAGAAGCUGCUCAAAGUUAAGACACAGCAGACUAUUGCCGUGAAUAAGGCGCGCGACCGAUACGAGCAGGACUGUUUGAAGAUCAAGGGUUUCCUAGCACAAGCGCACAUGGUGAUGGGCCAUGAGGAACGGAAGAACAAGGCUCGACUGGAGAAGACGCAGAUACAACUGUCGAGCACGAGCAGCGAGUACGAGGCUGCUGUCAAGGUUCUAGAAGAAACCACCGGGCGGUGGAACAGGGAUUGGAAGGCCGCUUGUGACAAAUUCCAAGACCUUGAAGAAGAGCGCAUCGACUAUAUGAAGAGCAGUCUGUGGAACUUUGCAAACAUCGCUUCGACUGUCUGUGUGAGCGAUGAUGCAUCAUGUGAAAAGAUCCGGCUAUCCCUAGAGGAAUGCGAGGUCAACAAGGAUAUUAUGAGCUUCAUCAAGGAGUGCUCAACUGGACAAGAGAUCCCCGACCCACCAAAAUUCAUUAAUUUCUGCCGCGGAGAUACUACCGAUACCGCCUCUGAAACAUCUGACGAAGGAGCCUACUCUGUAGCCCAGUUCCAGAGAACGAUGAAUCCAGCUUUCCGAACAUCAUCGCCACAGCCCUCUGUUUUCGAAUCUCACCACGAUCCUAACAAUCCACUAGCACGAGAGAUGGGACUGAGGGAUACGAGACCAGCUCCCCUGCAAGAGCAGAUUCAAGCGCAGCCAUCCCAGCCAGUUCAGCCAGUUCAGCCAGUUCAGCCAGUUCAGCCAGUUCAGUCAGUUCAGUCAGUUCAGCCAGUUCAGCCAACCCAGCCAGUCCAUCCAACCCAGCCUGUCCAACCAACCCAGCCUGUCCAGCCAAUCCAGCCGAUGCAGCCUCCCCAACAUACGCAACCAGCAAGAGGAAUCCAGCCAGAUCCGCGUCUAGUUCAUGCUCAACAACAAGCUCAUCAGCAAUAUCAGCAAAGCCAGGUGCCUCACAAUGACUACCCUAUGGAUGGUAUGACACAAUUCUGCAGGAUUGGACCGCCCUCCGAGCGAACCACUAUUCCGAGUCCCGCUCGCCCUUCAAGCAGAGACUCUCAUAGCGACUACUCCAACCCAACUUCGUUCUCGAGCAUCGAGCCGCCAAGUGGAUCAGCGUCUCCAGGUAAACCAUUGACCCCAGCACCACCACCCGUGGUGGAGGAGACUCAGGUUCAAAAGAAGAGGGGAUUCUUUCACAACAGUCCCUUCAGUAGAAGAAAGAGCAAGCACGACAAGGACCAGGGGGCAACAUCAAUUGCGCCAAGCAACCGAAAUACUUGGGGUCCAGCAUCCAAACAAAACAACGAAAAUAUCAGUCCGACUCGGCCAUUCGGAAAGGGUACUCGUGGCAACAUCCUUGGAGGCGAAGCUCGCUCGGCAAGCCCUGAGCCAGUUGAUCCUAGAGCCAGUUUCCAGCUCAACAUUGGCAACAAUGUUUUUGACGUGGCAUCUCCAGAUGCUCGCAAACAGAAGAAGUCACAAAAGGACGAACAAGAGGAUAUGGAUCCAAUCGCACAGGCGCUUGCAGAGCUCAAAGGCGUCACUAAACAGUCUUCUCUGCGUGUAUCGGCAGACAGAUAUCACGGUCUCGCUACCCCGGCGCCUCCUGGGACACCAGGCGUGAGCUCAACACCUGUCGGUGGUAUGCCUACUCCUCUCACAAACGCGGCGCUCAAUGCCGCCCAGCGAGGAACACCGCCACCAUCAUACGACCAACCGAUAUCCCGACUUGGAGCUCCACAGCCAGCUUUCACGUCCCGCCAAAUGCAGCAGACAACGCAGAAGUAUAUUGACCAGAAGGCCAACAUGUUCAACACAACCUCUCCAGCACGUCCAACCUAUGAAAAUCGUAAUGGAAGCACCAACUCAAGCUCCCGACCACCUACUCGUGGUGCAACGCAGCAAGAAAUGACUCGAUCUGCCUCCCCUGCUCCUCCUCGAGCUACCAGCCCGAGGCCAGGGCUUUACUCAGUACAGACUCCUCAAUCGCCUGCUACAUAUCGUGCAGUAUCGCCAAAUCCCUAUGCUGCAUCGAAUGCAGGAGGGCGACCCCGAGCACAGUCUACCAGCCCAAUUAAACAGCAUGCAGGUAAUCAUACGCCACGAGGCUCGUAUUCAUCAUCUCGUGGUGGAUCGCCGGGCCAUGCUAAUGUUCCUCGCGCUGUUUCUCCCCAGCCUCCCCAACCCGCUUUCGCCAACACACGGCCAAACUCUCGUGCAGCAGGUCCACCAUCUCGAGGGGUUAGUCCAGCCCCCCAAUUCCGUCAGUCGUACGACCGGCCUAGCAGCUCAAGGGGAAGCGAUAUGAGAAGUGACAUGGCCCUUCAACUCGCGCCAGGCCCGGGCAGUGAGCGAGGAGACGGCAGUGUCUACGGCGGUAGUCAACGGGGUCGAGGGGGUGGUAGUCAGCGGCCACAAAGCUCCUACUACGGCGGUGGAGGCAGUGAUCUUGGAUACGUUGGAAGUGUGUCAAGCCAACCUAGUACGAGGGUGAGGAGCAAGAGUGUUGCCGAACCCAGGCAGUACACGAAGGAUGGACGGAUGGUUCUUCACUACUCUCGAGCCAUGUACAUGUACAACGCCCAGAUCCCCGAGGAACUUUCCUUUGCGAAAGGUGACAUUCUCGCCGUGUUGAGGUUGCAAGAUGAUGGGUGGUGGGAGGCUGAAGUUGUAGGGAGGAAUGGCGGUAGGCCUGGUCUUGUGCCCAGUAAUUACUUGCAGAACUGUUGAUGUGGAGUCUUGUUUUGUGUCAUGCUUUGAACUCUUCAGGGCGUCUCCAGAAGAACGUCGAGCGAUGUUGCCAUGUUACUUUUUAGGUUUGUUUGGUGUUGGGCGUUGGCACGCGGCUGCGCUUUGGGCUUUUGACUUCUUGCACUCUCGUGGCAUUGAUGGCAGCCGAGGAUUGUAGUAUAUGGGAAAUGGGAAAUUGCACAUGAUGACAUAGUU